AUGGCGGACGAAGCCAAGGCCAGAGGCAACGCCGCAUUCUCCGCCGGCAGCUACGACGACGCCGUUCGCCACUUCACCGAAGCUAUCGCCCUAGCCCCCACCAACCACGUCCUCUACUCCAACAGAUCCGCGGCCUACGCCUCCCUCGGAAAAUUCUCCGAGGCACUUUCCGAUGCGCAAAAGACCGUGGAGCUGAAGCCCGAUUGGAGCAAAGGCUACUCACGCUUGGGCGCCGCCCACAUGGGCCUCCAAAGCUACGGCGAUGCCGUCUCCGCCUACAAGAAGGGCCUCGAGGUCGAUCCCAGCAACGACGCCCUCAAGUCCGGGCUCGCCGAUGCGGAGGCAGCUUCGGCACGCAGCUCCAGGCAGCCUCGGGGAGGGCCCGGCGCGGGCCUGUUCGGCGAUGCUUUCGGGCCGGAGAUGUGGGUCAAGCUGGCGAGUGACCCCGGCACGCGGGGUCUCCUCCAGCAGCCGGAUUUUGUGAAGAUGCUGCAGGAUAUUCAGAAGAACCCGAAUAAUUUGAACCUUUAUUUGCAGGAUCAGAGAGUUAUGCAGGCAUUGGGGGUGCUAUUGAAUUUGAAGUUCCAGACAAGGGACUCUGAGCAGGAUGUGGAAAUGCCCACGGCUUCUAAUGGUGGAUCUCCAGUGAGGAAGAGGCCCGCAGCAGCUCGGGCUGAGCCCGAGAAGGAGGAGAAGAGGCCAGAAAAGGAGCCUGAGCCGAUGGAAGUUUCUGAGGAAGAGAGGGAUAAGAAGGAGAGGAAAGCGCAGGCACAGAAAGAGAAAGAGUCUGGGAAUGCUGCAUACAAGAAGAAGGAUUUUGAGACUGCAAUUCAGCACUAUUCUAAGGCAAUUGAGCUAGACGAUGAGGAUAUAUCUUUCCUCACUAAUCGGGCUGCCGUUUACCUCGAGAUGGGCAAGUACGAGGACUGCAUCAAAGACUGUGACCAGGCUGUAGAAAGGGGUAGAGAACUGAGAUCAGAUUUCAAGAUGAUAGCCAGGGCCUUGACAAGAAAGGGGUCUGCCAUAGUCAAGAUGGCAAAGUGUUCAAAGGAUUAUGAUCCAGCCAUUGAGACCUUCCAGAAAGCUUUAACUGAGCAUCGUAACCCAGACACACUGAAAAAGCUCAAUGAUGCUGAGAAAGCUAAGAAAGAUCUAGAGCAACAGGAGUACUUUGAUCCACAGAUAGCCGAUGAGGAGCGUGAAAAGGGUAAUCAGUACUUCAAAGAGCAGAAGUACCCUGAGGCUAUCAAGCACUACACAGAAGCAAUUAAGAGGAACCCCAAAGAUCCCAAGGCAUACAGCAAUAGAGCUGCGUCUUACACGAAACUCGGGGCGAUGCCUGAGGGACUCAAAGAUGCUGAAAAAUGCAUUGAACUCGAUCCAACAUUCUCGAAAGGCUAUACCAGGAAGGGUGCUGUCCAAUUUUUCAUGAAAGAGUACGAAAAAGCACUGGAGACAUAUCAGGAGGGACUGAAGCAUGAUGCCCGUAAUCAAGAAUUGUUAGAUGGUGUUAGAAGGUGUGUAGAGCAAAUAAACAAGGCCAGCCGUGGAGAUUUGAGCCCAGAGGAGUUGAAAGAGAGACAGGCCAAGGCAAUGCAAGACCCUGAGAUUCAGAACAUCCUUACAGAUCCUGUAAUGAGACAGGUGUUAGUCGACUUACAGGAAAACCCAAAGGCUGCACAGGAGCACACCAAGAAUCCUCUUGUCAUGAAUAAAAUACAGAAGCUCAUUAGUGCAGGAAUUGUUCAAAUGAGAUAG